AUGAGUGAGCUAGGUUUGCUUCUCUGUGUUCUAGGUAAGAUCAUUCUCCCCAACCAGAACCUCCCUCAGCCACCUCCGCUCCCCAAAUACCUGCACUGCUACUGAUGCCUCCUUGAGAGCAAGGAGUUGGGGUGCCUGCUGGGGUCUGACAUCUGCCUCAUGCCAGCAGGCAGCAGCUGCAUCACUCUGCACAUAAGGAACAGCAGCGGCUCUGACAUCAGUGACUGCCGCAGCAGGGAGAUGAGUGAUUGUUCCUACAUCCGGCCUGCUCCCGUGUUCGCCUUCUGGGUAUUUUCUCACUGCUGCUUUGUGAAUUUCUGCAACAACCCUCAAAACAGACAGGCCUACAUUCAAUAGGAGUAAACCCCACCCAUCUCCUCCCUUCUGAUUGUCACCUAGGCUCAGCCAGGGGACUUCCGAUCCCUGCCUCCUGCGAGUCCCUGGACCCGGGCCUGGCCUCUCAGCUUCUCAGUUGACACCCCACCCUCCCUACUUCCACUCUGCCCCAAGACUCCCUGUCUUGCCCGAAGUCCUCAGUUUUUCCUCCAAAAUAAAUCAAUCUGCCAAGUGUUCCGUUUGUCUCUUUUCUGGUAGGUGGAGGCUACAGGCGGUGAGCCUGCCAGCCUGCCUUACCACAGGGACAGG